AUGACAGGUGAUGAGGCGUACCACGCAGACUGCUUUCAAUGCGUGUCAUGCAAAAAGAAGAUUGAUGAUUUAGUAUUUACCCAAACCAGCAAGGGCAUCCACUGUACACCAUGUCAUGAAAAACGCAGAGCCGAAAAGCAAAGACGACGAGAAGAACGAGAAAAGCGACUGCAACUGAAGCAGCAAGCAAAGGAGUUGCCAGCCAUCCCACCUGCUAAUGCCGCUACUGCUGCUGCUACCUCUUCUCCUCCUGCUGCUCAGUCUCGAAAGAAAAACCUGCUUGGCACAGCGACAGCAUCUCAUAGCAACAGCAAUCGUCAUACGAGCCGCUUAUUCGAUCCACAAUUAGUUGCAGAUUAUAUGCAACAAUCGUCAAAGAGAGACCCACCUACACCAUCUCGUUCUCGUAGCAAUUCAGUAGAGAUUCCCCCAAAAAUGCGCCUGAUAGGGCCCACUCCCUCACGAUCUGAAGUUGUGACAAAAUCACCCAGCUCACCUCCUUUAUCCAUUGGCGACAACAGUAAGAAAUCUAAAUUAACUACAUCGAGUUCGCUCACAGACAUGCCGUCCCUCAAUCUUUCAUUUUUUGAUAAUGAAUCUACUGACCUUGUCAAUCUGACCAAGAAGUUGGGGGCCAACAUCUCUCUGGACAUCUACGGCAGCCAGCAGGACAAGCAGAAAGCUGCAGCCGUUCCCGUGAUUGUCAAGACCACUGAAAAUAUCACUCGUGCUUCGCAAUACCUCGAGUCCUCCCUAAUGACUGAUGAUUACGACUUUCCUCAACCACCAGCAGCUGUGUCGUCCGCAGAGUCCAUUGACAACAAAUCAAGCCUGUCCAUUUGCACCGUGUCAUCCUCCUCAACUACCACAGACCAACUGCGCACAGAACUUGAUGCCACACAAGCUAAAUUAGCUGCUAUGCAAACUAGUUACACCAAGAUUAAAGACGCAAGUCGCAAAGCCUUGGAUGAAUUUACACGUGCAAAGGAAGAGUUUGCCAAAGAAGUUGCCUUACGCCAACAGCAAGAGUACACUAUUUUGCAGCUAAAGCAUCAAUUGCACCUGGCUUACCUUGCUAAACAGCUUGCAAGGCCUGAGCUAGCCGCCAUCACCAAAGAAGAGAUUGAACGGGUAGCCAAGAUUCGUGUGGAAUUAGACAGAACAUGCAAUGAACUCAAGGGCUAUCGUAACGUACUCUGCAAAGACAUUGAAAGCCUUUCAAAACAAACUGGCCUUGUGGCUGUUCAAGACGCCUUGGCCUGUGAAAUCAAGUCUCUAUACAGCGAUCGUGAGCAAGUGCGCAUGGAAACCAAGACAUUGGAAGCCAUUCGAGAUGAUGUGCUGCAUGAAAUGGUGAUGCUCAACACCAAAAACGCUGAACUGACAGAGAUGAACAACGACUUGUCACGUCGUGUCACUGAAAGAGAGCGAGAAGCUGCUGCUGUCAUGGCAGGCACUUCCUUUUUGUACUCUCCUUCGCCCAGCUUGUCAUCUGAGCUCAACUCUCCUAUUCUACAACAACGCAAAUCCAGUGAAACCAGCAUUCAUUAUCAUUACCAGCAGCAGCAACAACAGCAACAGCAACAGCAACCCAAGGUCUUUAAGCUAAAAAAGAAGGGCAACAUGUUUGCAAAGUUAAGCGGGAAGAAGGACCCUGCUGCUCAGCUAUACGGCCACAGCAACCUGACGACCUCCAGUACGCUCAGCUUGUCGCAAUCACCAGACCUUUCGUCCAAAAAGCAAUCAUCUGAAAGCAUGCAUCAACACGGAUCACAUACAUUUCUGCCUACUUCCUUCUUGCGACCUGUCAAAUGCGAUGCUUGCGGUGAAAAAAUGUGGGGUCUGUCUGAAUUACGCUGUCAAGGCUGCCUGUAUGCCACACAUGCUCGCUGUCUACCUCAUGUGCCUCAGUUGUGCUAUGGGUCUCAUACCAGCAGCAGCUUGGAAUCGCCCCCUGCUGUUGAAGAGACUAUCAAGCUGUUUGGCGGCGACCUGGCCGAACGUUCUCGAUACGAGGAUAGACCCAUCCCAUUGAUCAUUGAACAAUGUAUUCAAGCUGUCGAAAAACGAGGUAUGGACUAUGAAGGCAUAUAUCGUAAAUCUGGUGGUGCGGCACAAAUGCGACUGAUUCAUCAAUCAUUUGAUGCUGGCGAGCCUGUUGAUCUGGAAGACGAUGAAUCCGUCAAUGACAUCUGCGCUGUAACAAGUGUUCUCAAGCAAUAUUUCAGAGAACUGCCUAACCCCCUGCUGCCUUAUAAUCUGUAUUCUCAAUUUAUUGAUGCAGUGUCAAACCAAGUUGGCCAAAACAAGACAGACAAGUUCUUUGAACUGCUAUCACAGCUACCAAAAGUCAAUUAUGACACACUUCGAUUACUGAUCAAGCAUUUGUACAGUGUCCAAAAACGCCAUAACGAAAACUUGAUGACAACAAAGAAUUUAGCCAUGGUGUUUGGACCUACAUUGUUGCGUGAUGUCGAAUCAAGUCGUGAUCUCGUUGAUAUGAGCUACAAGAAUGCUGUUGUCGAAUUUUUGAUCAUACACGCUUACGAUCUCUUACUUUAA